AUGGCAGAAGAUGCCUCGGGAAAUUUACAAGCCGCUCACGACUUGUUUGGGCCUGGUGUUGUGCGCACGCAAGUCGUCGACAUGGAUAGUACUCGAUGCCCGCCAAUAACGUCGACGAGCACGCGCAUUACAGUACCUCGUCAGCUCGGAUCAGCUCCCUAUCAGCAUCUCCCAACGCAUCCCGACCUUCUCACGGCUUCUCCACACAACAAAGACGGUCGGCAGUCGGAUGCGGAGGGCAGCGGCUCCACAGGCGCCACGAUCUGCCAGGAUGCCUUACGCAGCUUGACUAAUGUGACCCGGAUGGCGAAGACGGCAGCCAGCUGGGGCAGGCAGAGUCUUACUUGUACCAGUCAGUCAGAGUCACAGUCCGUGGACGCCGUGGGCGGUCCGAAAUACCUACUAGUCGGCUUGCUCCUCCUGGACGACGAGACGAGACUGGAGACUGGAGACUGGAACCCGGUGGCCCACCCCGUCGCUCGCUUGUUGGACGAUCCCAAGUGGCUGCGACUAAGAGACCUAGCCCUGUUCCGUUGA